UACUAUAAUAACUCGCCACUUGUCAUUCAACUCUGUUUUAGGGGGCCGUUCAUGGACUCCCUUUAAACGGUUUUUCUAGCAGUCCGUCAUUCUCGUAGCCGUAACUGUUCUCCUGAUUCUUUUUGUAUUUCUCCGUACACGUUAAAACUGUUGUAAACAAAUUAUAGCAAAGCAAAAACUUGAAACCAUGUGGAAAACUUCAUGUUAUUUGUUGAAACGGACGGUUACAUCAGCUGCAAUUAGGGCAAACAAGAAUAGAGGAUUAAUUAAUCAACAUGGAUGGUUUAACGAGUCGAGCCGGAUUAUGGGUGGGUAUUAUUUCAGUUCGGGAGGAGAAAAGAAGAAUGGGAAUGGAGGAUUAAUUAGUCAAGAGGAAGCAAAGAGAUUGAUGAGAUUGGUGAAUGUGGAGGAGCUGAAGACGAGGUUAGGGAUGGAGAGUAAAGAGGUUAUUGGGUAUUCGGAGUUACUGAGAGUGUGUGAGAAUAUUGGUUUGGCGAAAACACAAGGCCAGGCUGUGGCUUUUGCAAAAGUGCUUGAUGAGGCUGGGGUAAUUUGGCUUUUCAGAGAUAAAGUUUAUCUUCACCCUAAUAAGGUAGUUGAUGAAAUAAGAAGGGCAGUGCCUCUAGCACUUCUACCUGAAGAUGAUCCUACAAAAGAUGAGCUAAAGAAUCUGCUGGAGAAGAAGGAUAAAAUUGAUGAGGUUGCACAUAAGCAGGUGCGUCGCAUUUUGUGGACUGGAUUGGGGGCUGGUAUUUUACAGAUUGGGCUCUUCUUCCGCCUUACCUUCUGGGAAUUCUCUUGGGAUGUAAUGGAACCAAUUACAUUUUUCACUACUAGUACUGGUUUAAUACUCGGAUAUUUUUACUUCCUCAUUACUUCUAGAGACCCAACAUAUCAAGAUUUGUUGAAGAGGCUUUUCCUUGCAAGGCAGAGGAAGCUCAUCAAAAAGAAUAAUUUUGAUAUUCAGAGGUUUGUGGAGUUGCAAAGGAAAUGCAAAUUACCCCUCAAUGGACAAGCAUCGCUCAAACAUCGCUUAGGGAUACAACUGCAACCGGAAGAUCUUUUACAUGGUCACUGAAGGCAAACCAGAUUGUUUUGGAAGAGAAGUGAAAUCUUUUUUGGGGGAAUUCAGAAAAUAGUAACCAACCAAAUACCUUUUUAGAAGAAAAUUUUUCUUAGAGCUGUACAAAUGGGCAUGUAUUCUUCAACAUCUUCCUUCAAGGUAGACUUAGAAAGAAGUAAUUCUUGACCAUCAUAUUUCCAUUAACCUUACAAAUCUCAUAUGUUAGCUUGUUAUCUUGAAAUUGUAUGUAGAGUCUGAUGUUAUACAUUCGAUUUUCAAUUUU